GGCACACCCAGCUUCUGCAGUCACUUCACUCACACCUGUAUUUAGUUGAUAAACAACCUCUUUGCCGCGCGCACGUGAAAUACGCUUUCAUAUACGCGCCUUUACGACGUUCGAAAAUUCGAUUUUUAAUCGUUGCAUAAAUACGCGCGUUGAUUGGACGCGUCGUUCGAUUUUUUUUUUGUGAAUUAUGUUCUGGAUUCGGUGUAAAGUGACGGUUAGUAAAUAGAACUUUUAUAGGUACUUUGCUUUUAUAAAUUGAGAGAAGUAGUGAGUGUGAAAAGUGGACGCGGCCCGAAACGGGUCGAAUCUCACUUCGCGUUUCCGUAACAGGUCACUGGACGGUUGCGGUCACCCCUCUGGGCGCCGUUAUUAGACCAUAUCUAUAAUGACGGUGAAAAAGUCAAAUCGGUGCGGAGGCUGGGCGGCGAUCGUAGCACGACAGAAGUUACAUAAUGCUAACCAACAAAUGGAUAUUAUGAGCAUAAACAAACAUACAACACAUCAAGAUUACAACGUUAUAGUUAGUUUCAAUGAAAAGGAUCAGCUACAGUUACAUACGAAAGAAGAUACAAAUGAAGACGACAAACAAAAACUUGUCAAAGAUUACAAUUCAAAAUUUAACAAAUACGAAAACAUCGCCAUCGACGACAUUAUUACUUGCGUCAAUAUCGAACAUUUUCCCAAUUGCGAAAACACUCUAGUCUUUUACGUAGCGAAAAACCUUGGCACUGAAGCCGUAGCGCUCAAAUUUGAAAAUGAGCAGGACUUCAAAAGGAUAUAUUUCACGUAUAAAUAUUUCAAAAUGCGAAACAGACUAACAAAGAAUUCGUCGAACUAUUCGAGUAGUGAUAGUUUAUUUUCUAAAAAGAAAUCAAACGAUUUCAAGAAUAGAAAGAAUAGUGUAGACGAUUAUAGUAAUUUUGAUAAGAAAUCUGAAUAUGAUUUAAUGCAAACGACUGAUAACGACGGUGUAACGCAUAUAUCAGUGCAACAAAAGAAUUUAAAUUUAAGAUAUGAUCAGCCUUUAAGUCUCAUUGGGAUAAGAAACGAUAUGACGGACGUUGGAGAAAUAGACAGUAUAAUAUACACAGAUAUAGAAAUUCCAGCGAAGCCUCAGAAAAAGAAAUUAUUCAAUAAGAAAUCAAAGGCACCCUCGCCGCCGCUACUUCCCACGAGCAAAGAAACGCCAAAGGUAUUAAAAGGUGAAUUCGUUAGAGUGAACGUUGAUAGAUCUCCCGAUGUUAUACCAAAAGAUAAUAAGCAAAAUAAAAUGCCAGAUAUAUUGAUGUUUCGAGAUAAAUCGAAAAGGAGCAGUCCACCAAACAGCAUAUGGACGAAUAAUAAAGCUAACACCGGAUACGACUCUGAUCGAGAAGAAUGGAGGAGCCGGUCACAGUUUUCGACGACGGCCUUUGAUAGCCUGGCCAGGCCGACCAAAACAGCAAUGGCACUCACUCUAAGGAAACCUCAACGAUUAGAACCCGUCCCACAAUAUUAUCGACUCAGCAAUGAAAGUAAAACAAAAUUAACACCCCUACCUUUCCGACCUAACAAUUUCCUCCCGAGGCAACCGAGACUACCGCGGCCGAAUCCUGAAAUAAAAAGAAACCUAACCACAGACCAUCGGAUGUACACAUCCCUGCAGAGUUUGGAAAUUCCGAAAAAAAUGAGUGAACCCAAAAAGAACGAUGUAAGGAAGAUGAAUUACACCAAUAUAUCAAAUAAGAUUACCGGUCUCACGAAUAAGCUUAGAGAUUUAGGGAAUGGUAAUACAAUAGGACGAUUUAAAGCUCAAUCUCACGGUGACGUUGCUAAUUUGAAGCCAGUAUUAAAGACAAAUGGACACGAUGGAGCGAAGCGAUCAGUCGUUAGGACUUGCAGUGCGGAACCACCAAAGAAAGUCACUUUCAGUGCAUUUGCGACUGUUCAAGUAGUUUGAGGAAUUAAAAUUAUGAAUACCUAAACCGCUGCCGUAUUUAAAGAGCUCAUAUUUAUCGAUACGGUAUGCAUUUACUUUAAUGUAAAUUAGAUAAGCAUAUGAAAGCAGGUCGGGAUGUUGUGUAAAUAUAAAUAAAAGGAUGUUUUUCGUACUUAUUAAUUGUAAUGCAAUAAAACAUUGGUUUAUUAUCGUUAUGGUCGAUUAAGCGUUAUUGCAAAAACUGUAAUAUUUUAUACAAUUGUAUAAUUGUAAUAAUUAUUGGAAAUAUAAUGUGAUUCGUAGUGAACUAAAAGAUCGCGUUUCAUUCAAGCUUGUAUAAAAAUUUUGAUGAUUUAUUAUUACUUUAAAAUUUUGUUUUCUUCAAGUUAAGUCGAUAUUGUUUGAAAGACAUAUUUGUAGAGUCGUUAAGUUUGCACGAAUUGUUUUCGCCAUAGAAUUUAGUCGUGGUAGGCUCCUAAAGUUUUAGUGUCAUGGCUUUACCAAAUAUUUUGUAGUAAUGAAAUGCCACCAAUCUUUGUGAGAGAGAUUGUUGUAGGUCAGUUUCAGAUGUACCUAUGGAAAUCUGAAAUAUUGUUAUUUAUUUAUUCUUAAAGAAUAAUUAUUAUAAGCAGUAGUCUGUGUACUUACUGAUAAGUUGAAUAAUAGUGUCGUAAGUAACGCUGAACAUAUUAGGGAUUUGUUAUGUUAUACGUAAAAAAUAAAAAUAUAUGUUUACUUAAUUUUUUUCGAAUUCCUAGUUGAUUUGUAAUGUUUAAAUGUUUACGAAUAUUGAUGAUUCUGUUAACAGUAAUUUUUUUAAGUUUUAAUUACGUUAGCACAAAAAAUAAUUAAAAAUUCACCUUUGUUUUUAAAUGAUUACAUAUUUUAUCGAAAUAAAAAAACAUUUACGACAUUAGUACAUACAAGUAAAAGAACUGAGACAGUUAAUUCAGAUAGUUCUGCUGGAAUUAUCAAAAGUGAA